CACGGGUUUGAGGUUGGAGACAACAUUUGAAUGUUUAUAGACGUAGGUAUGGACGGCAGCCAUGGAGGGAUUUGUCGGGGGUGAUCAUAUGGCUGAUGUCCAAGUCGACCAGUCCCGAUACCGUGAUGGAGUGAACCGAGCCAUCUGCCUAUUGGGAACCAGCAAUCGUCUCUUAGCUCCCCGUAGACAAAACUAUUGCGGUAUCUUCCACCCCACAAGGAAGCAAGAAGAGAAUGCAGUAAAAUACACUGAUAUGAAAGCAGAGUCUUCUGCACGUAUUGUUACAUAUGAUCGUAAAACUAUGAGAAUGAAUUGUCCUCUCCACUCGCCAUUUGUCAAUAUCCGGGCCUUGGAACAUAUGUAUAUACCUACAUAUGUAGGCAUGUAG